UUUUAUAGGAUUGUGAAUGUUUAUUUGAAGUUGAAGUUACUGGUCCUCCAUCUACAGUUACACUAUAUCAGAAUGAUGGAGGAAUUAAUGGGGAUGAAGUCUUGUAUGGAACAUCAGAUGGAAAAAUUGCUCUUGUAGCUUUGGAUAAAGUUUUGCCAAAUCAUAGAUGGGAGAUCAUUAAUAGUAAAAAGAAUGGAGGUAUUCUUUGUUUGGAUAAUUAUGAUAUUACUGCUGAUGGUAUUCAAGAUCUUAUUAUAGGACGAGGAGAUGGUAUGGUAGAAGUUUAUAGUUAUGAUGAAGCUGAAGAACCAAUGUUCCGUUAUGCUUAUAAUUGUGGAGAAAGUGUAACUUCUGUGAAUGGUGGAAAAGUUGGAAACCCAGGCUAUGAUGAAAUUUUAGUGACCACUUAUACAGGAUGGUUAUUUGGACUGUCAACAGAGCCAGCAAAUAAACGUCUUGACCCUAACUUUUUAUUAGUUUCUGAAGAAUCAGCUCAGAAAAUAUGUAAACUGAGGUUUGUUUGGAUAGACUACUUGAGAAUAUUCUGCAUAUAUUAUUUCUUACACUGCACUGUCUGCUAUACCAUUAAAUAAGGCUCUUCUAAUGUAUGCAUUUAUUUUUCUAACAUUUCUUU